UUACAUGUGCUAAUGUUUGGUCUGACGCCUACUGCUGCAGGGUACUUUCUCCAUUGUGCUGAUGGCCGUGGUCGACAGCUCUUCGAAGUUCGUGCUGGUCGAUAUUGAGGCAGAGGGCCGCCAGAGUGACGGCGGAGUGUUCAAGAACACGAAGUUUGGGAAGGCCCUAACCAAAGGGCAGCUUGACAUCCCCUCACUGGGGCAGCUCCCAGGCACCACAAAGGUGGCGCCGUACGCUUUCGUCGGGGAUGAAGCGUUCCAGCUGCGGCGCGACUUUAUGCGCCCUUUCCCUGCUAGACUCCUUGAAGAUGAACGAAGAGUGUUCAAUUACAGACUAAGCCGAGCACGGAGGUGUGCUGAAAACGCCUUCGGCAUCACAGCGGCCAGGUGGCGCAUACUGCUCCGCACCAUUCAGCUUCUCCAGAAUCUGGAUUAUGUAGUGAAGGCAGCAUGUGUACUGCAUAAUUUCUUAGCGGUCCUAAAUGAGGAAUCGGACCAGAUCCUCGACCAAGAGGACAGGUUCGGAAAUGUGGUUCCAGGACGGUGGAGGCAGGGCAUCCAGCAGACGUCGGGGCAGAGGCAUGUGGACCCCUGCUAUUUCCCGCUUCAGGGAUCCCAGUCACGGAACUUCAGUGCAGAUGCUGCGGAUGCCAGGACGCUUUUCUCGGCCUACUUUUGCAGCAGCGCUGGAGAGGUACCGUGGCAGUGGCACCAGCCCGGAGUCUCCAAACAAGGGGCCCUGAAGCGCUUGGAAGAGCAGGGGCUGCACCCAUUUUGCUGAAGACAUGCUGGCAAGGCUGGACCCCUGGCUUUCCAGUGACGUUGCCGCCAACCCAAGCGGUGACGCAGUUCCCAGCGGUGAUGGUGCCGACUCACUUGACUGCGUCGCUUCAAGGGAUGACAUUCCUGGUUCCAGUAGCGACGGACUACACUCAACUGACACCGCCGGCGCUGGAUAGAGAUUGGCGGGGUCAUCAGUCUGAUCUAUCUCGAUGGUGUCAAACUGGCUCGGACACAUGUCUCUAAAAAGGGUUUCCGGGGUCUCCUGCCGUGCCACCUGUCGAACAUCCUCCUUCCUUUGCCUCCUCUGGGACUCGAAAUUUCCAGAAGUCCUGCACAGCAAAAAUGAAGGUGUAUGUAUUAGGGUAUAGGUGUGUAAAAAAGUGUCAAUGUUUGCCCUGAAAGAUGGCAAAAUAUUCCCACUGUUAAUAAAUGUAUGCUUCUUACAACCAUA